GAAAAAUACACGGCGGAUAUAAAUGUGCAUAUAGUUAAUACUGUUAUAUCCAGACAGCUGAUACAGAAGUAGUACAUUUCUCUUAAACAUCUAUGUAAUUCUACACCCAGGCACACCCGAGGUUGUUUUCAUAUCAUUCAACUGUCAUGUAAACUUCAUAUAUGCAAAAUCCAAACAUAAAUCUCUUGUGGUGCAUGAUUCUCACCCCUAAAUAUCCUCAAUUCCUCUCUCCACAAACCAGAAACAGUAGCUGCAGUAGGACUCUUCAGUAACUUAUCCAACUAACUCCUUUUACUAGCAGAGGUACAAAAUCAAUGAUCAUUCGUUCUCCCAAGAGGAAGGCAUUCUUGCAAUGCCAAUCUUCAUGAGAGGACUAAGAGCCAGACCUGUUUUGAAUAUGAGCAGCUCAAAAACAAAUGACUUCGGGAUUCAUUCUGAUGUCCACAUAAUAUGCACAAUGGGUCCAGCUGAAUAUUCCUCUGCAACAAUAUAUCCUUAGUUUUUAAUCUUUAAGCACAACCAGCCACACUGCAAAAGCAUGACUAGGUAGACUGCCACCAUACCAAAUACAGCUAUGCCAAUGCACAACAGGCUUUUUCUUCCUUGAGAGUUCAUAGCAACUAGAGACAGAAUCUACCUGAACCAUGUGGCAGUGGCACCCAAAGCACUCUGUCAGCACUGGCUUAGACAGGAAUAGAAAGAAUAGUUGCUGCCACAUCAGGAACUCUUUUAAUAAAACUUGAAGAUUUCAUGCACUAUUGAGUCUCCAUUGUUGAACAGUGGUGUUAAUGCCCAAUGUUGCCAAAUCAGCUCACCAUAGCUGCUCACAACCACCAAUCAAAAAAUAAGAAUGUGCAACCAAAUUCACCAACUUGGAACUUUAUAUUACCUUUCAUAAAUCGUCUCAACCAAAGGAUCUUUCUCCAUGUCCAUGAACAAUCUUGAAGAACAUCAACAUUCAAAAAACUUCUGCCCUUUAAAUAUAAGUCAUUGAGUACAUUCACCCAUUUAACACAUUGGCUGGCCUUGUUUGUGAAUACCUGUAAGAUAAAUUUACAGAGGGCUGCUCUAUUCCACCAUUUAAUUUGGUUAAUAAAAAGCCCCCAAGAAACUGUAGAUAACCCUCUUUUGGCUUCAGAACCUGUCCAUGAGAAGUUCCUACACAUACCAUCAAUAGUUGCAACAACCUUGCUAGGCAACAGGAAAAUACUAGACCAAAAAACCUGUAGAUGGAACAAGAUUGAACUAGUGAGCUGGAUCCUCCCAGCUUAUUAAAGGAAUUUAUUGUUC